UCUCAUUUAAAGAUGUUAAAAGUCAGAGACAACGCACUCUUGCAAAUAGCCCAAAAAGCGUACGAUUUCGCCACCAAAACGAAAGGAUUUCUACAUAUGGCUUAGAAUUGGUACUACCAUCCAGACAUAAAACGGCAGGACCUCCACUGACUGGGUUACGAGAUUUCCAUAUAUUGAUUUGCCCAUCAGUAAUAACUGUAUGCAUUGCUUCGCAUCUCACUCACGGCUUUUAACUGUCUACCGGUGUUGCGAUAAAUGUUCUAAACAGGUGUUUGGAAAGACCAUAGAAGAAAAGCAUCGGACACUUCACCUGUUGGCGGGGCCCAAAAGAUGAAUACACGCAGGAGCGAUAGGAGCAUGAAUGCGAACAUGUGGUAGCUGAUCAACAGAUUACGGCAACCAAAUCAGCCAUUUUGAAUGUGUGUUGUUUUAUGUGAAUAAUUGGCAUUGUGACGAUAAAGGCAUGUUCAAACAUCUCUAACUUUUCACAAUAAGCACAUCAAUAUGGGACCUUUGUUCUAACAUCGAGUUUCGGAUUUGAAGCAUGUCUGGACAAGCAUUUUAUCGAAGUUGUUGUGAUUGUGUUUUGGAGCGUACUUCCUUCUCUGCUAGAAAAAUGAAGAUUGCAAUUGGACUAACACUUGUGCUACUUACGAACUUUGUUAGAGCUGAUUAUAAUCCAGGAGACAAAGCUGCAUCGUUUAUACUACCGACAUUAUCAGAUCCUUUAGUAUACAAAGCAUUGAAUAACACAAACAUCAAGCCACCUAUUAUUUUCCAUGAGUUCAAUUCGAAAUCGGGAUUUCUUGAAGCACUUUGGAAUGAUGAUUUCUCUAUUCUGGAACUUUUAAAGCAUUCACCAAAUAAUACCCAGUAUGUAUUCUUCUCUUCGGAAAAAGAUGCAAAGAAAACUGCAACAUGGAUGCAGCAAAGAUUCAAAUCCGUUAUUGCAAAACAUUAUUCUGGGGACACAGGGAAAAAUCCAAAAAAGUCUGAGAAGGAAGAAGACAUUGGUCAAAAGCGGUUCUUGAGGAAAGGACAAAGGCAAUUUCCCAAACCAUACAGAGGCAUCGAGCGUCGAUCUUUAAAAGAAAAUGAGUUGCUUGCCGACUAUAUGAAGACGCAUGCUGGGAAGAAGCGUUCAUUUCUCAAAAGCAAAGCAACACUAAACAAAGGCUUUGAUCUAUUUACUAUAAUCGAGGACAACGACGAUAAGAAGCUGUAUGAAGAACCUCAAAAGAGUGAACUUGAGGAAUCCUCGUUAUCAAACAGAGCAGCAGUUGAAUCUAAUGACGUAACCAAAAAAUUUAUGGAACAGUGGAUGAAGAGGUUACAUUUUGUUACCAUCCCUACUUACCAGUUUGGGAACUGGAUACCACUUGUGACAUCACGCUGGUACUGCUCUGGCCAUGGCUGCGGCCUUGAUCAGGCCUCCUUUGAGGGUAAAGCAGACGGAGACGUCAAAUUUGUUUCGAAAAGACUCGACGCUCGAUACGACUGGCUCCCAUCACCGUACACCCUGAAGGCAAAGCACCCCAAGACGAAGAUUGUCGACUACGGAGAUGGUUGCAGCGUUAAAGAAAAAAUAUAUGCAGCAUCAUCAAUUAUUCUUGUCAGUAGAAAGGGAUCUUGCUCGUUUUUCGAGAAGAUUCAAGUGGGAAGCAAGGCCAAAGCAAUAGCAGUGAUUAUUUAUUCAAAUGAAAACGAGGCGCUCACUGAUAUGACAUGCGUCAAGGAAGAGUGUGCAACUGAGCUCAAGCUACCGGGUACUAUGAUCACGUUUGAGGCCGGUAAAGCGCUAUUGGAUCUUUUAAAAGAGGGCGAAGAUAUUUACGUGCGAUUUCAGCAUACUCCAACUCGAAAUUUCUUCUUGGCUAUUGAUGAGCAGUGCAAGCUACAGGAGCUGGGCUGGCUGCUCUUUCCAUCCAUGCGAUUUUUGACGUAUCAAGCAGAAUGGAUGAACUACAUGACAGCCUUAUUGAAAAAGAUUUCAAAACAAGAGAGGACCAUUAACGUCUUUAAUCACACCAUAAUGCAUGGAAAAGUUGGUGUGGUGAAAAAAAUACCAAUGCCCUCACUAAAAGAAAUGCAGUGGCAUAGUCAAGUUUACCUUGACAUGUCUCUGAGUUGUCCGGGGAAUACCGACUAUUCUUGUCCGCAUUGGGACCAUACUGUGCAACUCUUUCUUGAUUGCGGAGGAGGUCAGUUUGCAGGGGAGGAGCUUGGUCGAUGGAUCACGCCAUUCAGAAGGAGAAUUGGUAGAUGGCUUACACCGAUAAAACCUUUAAUUCCAAUGUUUACGUCAGAGAAUUGCACAUUCACAAUGAAGACGGUUCCCUGGGCAAUGCCAUGGAAACCAGCACUACGAAUCCAACUUUCACCGAAAAUUCCCAAGAGUGAGGCAUCGGACACCUUGGUUCCCUACAAAAUCAAGAAGCUUUUUAAUGGUGGAACGUUUGACAAAGGCUACAACAAGAAAUAUAAGCCAGUUGAAUUUAUCGUCCCAGCCAAUGCUAAGAAAGUAAAAAUAUAUGCCGUUAUAACAGGACAUGGCAGUGAUGAGAACAACUGUGCUGAAUUCUGCGUUACUUCCCAUAACUUUAUAGUGAAUAAAAAGUACACGAACACGCGUGUUUUCAGUAAUGCAGGGACACCUACUGGCUGUGCAGAUCGUGUUUCCGAAGGUGUAGAACCGAACGAGCAUGGAACGUGGUUGUAUGGACGGGAUGGCUGGUGUGAUGGUCAAGAGGUUGAUCCUUGGCUUGAAGAUAUUACUGAUCAAGUGAAAAUGAAUGAACAAGUUAAUGUUAUAACUUAUCGUGGUUACUUCAAUGGUAAAGAUCCGGCACCAAAGAGUAAUCCAGGCUAUAUCAUUAUGCACUCUUUUAUUGUAUUUUACAAGCCAUUAGAAAACUAGUACCAAGAUACGAGUUUUUAACCUUCUCUUUUGUGGCUGUAGUAAAUUUUUUUAAUUUUCUGAUGCAUGAGGUAUCAUAGUUUUGUUACGCCGUUGUAUGUAAACAUUUUGCAUAGAUUUUGUAACAGAAGGA